AUGCCCGAAGACAGGGACCUGGAAUCAAAAAAUGCCUCAACUCUAGCUUUAGAUGGCAAUGUGGCAACGAAGACUGAUAAAGCCACUGACGUCUCAGAAGAAGGGGGUUUGCAAGCUUGGUUAACAGUUUUUGCUCUAUUUGUCGCCGUCAUGAAUACAUGGGGUAUGAUUAUUUCAUUCGGUGUUUUUCAAACCUACUAUUUGUCAAGAUUAAAUCAAUCACGCUCGGAUAUUGCAUGGAUUGGUUCGAUAGCUGUGUUUUUCCUCUUCUUCAUGGGAAUCGUUGGUGGCCGUCUCACAGAUGCAGGAUAUUACCGCAUCACAACACUGACUGGUACGGCUCUGGUUGUGUUAGGAACUUUCAUGACCUCUAUAUCCAAUACUUAUUGGCAAAUCUUUCUAGCCCAGGGAGUUUGUACUGGUCUGGGUAAUGGAUUUCUUCUUACACCUAUGUCGACGGUUGUCGCUAGUCACUUCAGGAAGAAGAUUCCGCUCGUUAUGGGAAUAGCGGCUUGUGGGAGUGUAACUGAGGGUCUUAUCUACCCUAGUAUGGUGCGAACACUCCUGCCAAGAAUAGGAUUCGGAUGGACUUUGAGAGCCAUCGCUUUUAUACAACUGGGGACUUUGGCAGCCGCACUAGUACUCGCAAAACCCAAAUCAGUCUCCAAGAACACAGCUCCAAUUAUUGAUUUGAUGGUCUUCAAAGAACCCGCAUUUGCUUUACUAUUUGUUGGGUCAUUUUUUGCUUUUCUAGGCAUCUUUUUCCCAUUCUUCUUUUUAAGUUCUUAUGCGAGGGAGAAGCAAGGAAUGUCAUAUGAAGACUCCCUCAAUCUUACGCUCAUUUUGAACGGCAUAGGAUUUGCAGGUCGAUUGCUACCCAGUGUACUUGCCAGGUUUUUUGGAACUUUGAAUGUAUUCAUUGGAACGAUAUUUGCUUCUGCAAUUUGUAUGUUUACUUGGAUACCAAUUCAUUCAACAACAGGGUUGUAUGUAUGGACUGCUUUCAAUAGUAUGGCUGUAGGAGGAGUUCAGUCACUUUCGUUAGCUGUAGUACCUGUUAUCACUACAGACAUGUCAAAAAUUGGAGCACGAUUGGGAAUCAUUUUCGCAGCUAUUGGAGUUGGAGCAUUAAUUGGUUCUCCAAUUUGUGGUAUUAUCAUUGCUUCGAAUUAUGGAUCAUAUACUGGAGCACAAACCUUUUCCGGGGGUGCAUUAGUCUUGGGAGGCUCAAUCAUGAUCGGAGCACGAGAAGCUAGAAGACGAGAAAUUCAUAAUAGCAUCUGGGCGAGGAUAUAA